AUGUAUGGUCUGGGUGGGAGUCUUGUUUGCCCUCAUCGUAUUAAGGUGGCCCGCUGGCUCUUUGUAAGUCUAAAGCCCACUGUAACACGGCACCCCUUGGACAUGGUGAAGCAGGCAUUCGAAUUCCCAACACAGCUGCAGCAGGUCUGGGUGUCCCCGCUGAUGCAACUACAGGCGCCACCACUGCAGGACAUCAGGCCAGAGUGGAUGUUGCAGCCCUGGGUCUCAGAUGUGGGUGGUGGAGACUGCAACAGCCAUGAUGACAGCAAAGGCCGCCUCAAAGCGCAGACGUUCUCUGCCUGA